AGUCUUUGAAGUUGGUAACAUUGUGGAUGUUCGAGGCUAUGGACGCGCAGAGGUUAUUGAGCCACUCGUCACGGAGCCUGGGCAUCGGUUCCAUGGGCGCAUCCGCGUCCGAUACCAGCGCGACGGAAAGACGUACUAUGCGCGACCGGAGAACCUGCGUACAACGGUUCAGGUGAAGCAGCGUGUGUUUCUGUGCCACUCCACCACCCACUACCGCACCUGCGCUGCCUCUGUGGCCAACUGGGGGGAUGCGGUGCUGGAGGUGGGCUGUCACGAGGGCGAGUGCACCUGGCUUCUGAGUCGGCGCUGCCGUUACAUCGUGGGAGUCGACAAGUCGCGACCCACGGUUCAGGCGGCGCGGCGGCGCUACCCGGGGCUGCGGUUUGAGGAGGUGGACGGAUUUGACGUAGCAGCUCUCAAGGCCCUAGGUCCCCCCGACGGCAGCGGCUUCUCAGUGGUGCUGGUGGACAUCGGGGGCAUCGCCUGCCUGCCCACCGUGGCAAGCCUGGUGGGGCUGUACUACAAGGAGUUUCCGUACAACACCAAAAUUGUGGUGAAGAGCGUGUUCCUGAAACGGUUGAUGGAGGACAGUCUGCCGUACAACCCGAUCAAGAACAACCCCUGGACGCUGGGGCCAGCGGCUGGCGGUGGCGGUGGUAGCAGCGGGGACGGCAACAGCGCUGACGCCACGGGUGCUGUCGUGGAUGAUGUGGAGGAAGCGGAUGAGGUAGGGGACGAGGAGGGAGACGAGCAGGAGCGGCAACGGCGAAAGGAG